AUGAAUAUGGUAUUACACGAACGGUGUGUUUUGCGCGCGGAGAUGGAUGCUUCGUGAUGCUAGCGGCCUUAAGCAGGCUUGAGCUUCGAAGAGCUGCUGAGGUCUUGAGUGAAGAGCGCGAGAAUGGAAGAACAGACGUGCUUCGACUGCCUCCGCCGUCGAAUCAGCGCCGAUUUCUCUGAUCAGCUCAUCUUCUCCCAUGCCAUCUCCGAUUCCGCCCUCCCCUUCUCCUCCACCGCAGUCGUUCAGAUGCCGAGUUCUGGUGCGGGUGGUUCGGGUUCCCGGUUCAUUGUGAUGCAGCUACCGCGCGAUGGCCAUGAUUGCUUGAACAACUAUGUCAAUGAGAAUAUAUUGGAAAACAAUGAAGAUAUUGACAGUCAUGAAUCUGAUAAUUUUAAUUUAUCUGAAGUAAACCAGGAUUUGGUAGAGAAAAUAGGUUUGUCGGAUAGUGGCAAAAAAGCAGCCCUGGAUUGUGUAAGGAAUGUCAGUUGUACUACUUGCAGUCAUACCAGUAGGUUCUCUUGUGAAAGAAAAAUUACUGCAUUGGUGCCACUGGUUGAUAUUGGACAUUGUUCCUUCUCUAUCUUUGAAAAAAUUAAUUCGGAUUUUGUGUCUGGGAGUUUGGAAGAUCAUGUAUUGUGUUUGCUGAGUCUCCUUGUUGAAGGCAAAGCUGCUGGUCGUGAUAGUGUCAAUUUUCUCCGCUUACUUGGGAUACCUUCGUUUGAUGAGAAUGGCAUCCCUGGUUGGCUCAGGCAUCCAAACAUAGCUCCUGUCCUUGGGUUGCUUAAAUCAUCUAGUUAUAUAAAUGCAGUGCUUCCACACACUCCAUAUACCUUGGAAAGCAUUCUUCAUUACAGCCCCAAUGCCCUGAAGUUCGGGUGGGACAUAAAAUUUCUAGUCUAUCAGCUAUUGUCUGCUUUAGCUUAUUUACAUGGUUUAGGGGUUUCCCAUGGCAAUAUACGCCCAUCAAGUAUAAUGUUAACUGGGACAUGUUGGGCUUGGCUUUCCAUUUAUGGUAAGCCUGGAUUAGGAUGUAAUCUAACUCCAAGAGAUGGUGAAUGCACGAAUUAUCGCACCAAAGGGAUACAUUGUUCCAAGGGGCUUUGUUCUUCUCAGGGAAUUUAUGCUGAUUUGAAGCUUUCAUCGUCUAUUGACUGGCCCUCUUAUUUUUAUCAGUGGUGGAGGGGAGAGCUAAGUAAUUUCGAGUAUCUACUUGUCCUAAACAGAUUAGCUGGGAGAAGGUGGGCUGAUCAAACAUUUCAUACUGUAAUUCCAUGGGUAAUAGAUUUUAGCACAAAACCCGAUGAGAAUUCUGACUCAGGGUGGCGGGAUCUAAGCAAAAGUAAAUGGCGGUUGGCAAAAGGUGAUGAACAGUUGGAUUUUACCUAUUCAACAUCUGAAAUUCCUCAUCAUGUAUCAGAUGAAUGCCUCUCUGAGUUAGCUGUCUGCAGUUACAAAGCAAGGAGGUUGCCUUUGAGUGUUCUGCGUCUGGCUGUUCGUUCAGUCUAUGAACCUAAUGAAUAUCCUUCAACCAUGCAAAGACUAUACCAGUGGACUCCUGAUGAGUGCAUUCCAGAAUUCUACUGUGAUCCUCAAAUUUUUUACUCUCUAAACUCUGGUAUGAGUGAUUUGGCAGUACCUUUGUGGGCAUCGAGUCCAGAGGAGUUUGUUAAAUUGCAUCGAGAUGCUUUAGAAGGCGAUCGAGUUUCACGUCACAUCCAUCAUUGGAUUGAUAUCACCUUUGGGUACAAAAUGUCUGGGGAUGCAGCUGUUGCUGCCAAAAAUGUUAUGCUGCCUUUCUCAGAACCCACAAUGCCGAGGUCGACUGGACGCCGACAGCUAUUCACUCUUCCACAUCCUGCACGCCGUGGUGCUGUCAAGAAAAAACAGGAGAGCAUUGUUGCCUCUGAAAUACAUCCAUGCCGAAUGAGUAAAGUGGAGAGGGUGAUACCUCUCACGUCUCAUACUGUUUUCCUAAAAGAAUUGGAAGAAUUAUCUACAUUUACUGAGUAUUCUAGGCAUUUGAGUCCUCUGUAUUGUUAUCACCCAGAAAGCCUGGUAAAAGACAUCUCAUCUGUCCAAGAGACACAGAGUGAAAGCUUAUCUUUCCCAUCCAAAAUCAGUUGGACCUAUGAGUUGCCUUCUGAGAUUGAUGUGAGUUGUCUUCUUCAUCAUAUUGAGAUGGAGGUUGAAGGUUCAAUGGGAUAUCAAGAGUUAUUGCUCUGGAGACAGAAAUCUUCUAUUCCUAGGAUUGUUUCCGAAGAUUUUGCAAGGGACAUAUUUUCUGUUGGUUGCAUCUUAGCUGAGCUUUAUUUGAAGAGGCCACUUUUUGACUCAACCUCAUUGGCUGCAUACAUUGAAGAAGGAGUAAUACCUGGAUUGAUAAUGGAAUUACCUCCUGAUGCUAAAGAACUGAUUGAAGCCUGCAUCCAGAAAGAUUGGAGAAGGCGACCAUCUGUUAAAAGCCUUUUGGAAUCUCCAUACUUCACUGGAAAAGUAAGAUCGGUGUACUUGUUUGUUGCUCCUCUUCAGCUUCUGGCAAAAGAUGGAUCCCGCCUUCAUUUUGCUGCAAGUUUUGCAAAAGAAGGAGCCCUGAGAGCAAUGGGUACCACUGCAGCUGAAAUGUGUGCUCCCUAUUGUUUGCCACUGGUAAUGGGCCCUUUGUCAGAUAUUGAAGCGGAAUGGGCUUAUGUACUGCUUCAAGAAUUCAUAAAAUGUUUAACACCGAAGGCAGUGAAGGCAUUGGUCUUGCCUGCGAUCCGGAGGAUUUUACAGAAUACUGGCUAUUCACAUCUGAAGGUAUCUCUUCUCCAAGAUUCUUUUGUACAAGAAAUAUGGAAUCUCAUUGGUAAACAAGGCUAUUUGGAAGCGAUACAUCCUUUUGCUAUAUCAAAUUUGUACAUGUCUCCUCACAAGAGUUCAGCUACUGUUGCUUCUGUGCUGCUGAUUGGAACUAGCGAAGAGCUUGGUGUACCUAUCACAGUUCACCAGACAAUCUUGCCUCUGAUUCACUGCUUUGGAAAAGGACUUUGUCCUGAUGGAAUUGAUGUGCUGAUUAGAAUUGGUGGUCUUUUGGGGGAAAGCUUUAUUGUCAGACACAUGCUACCAUUGCUUAAACAAGUUGUUCGUUCCUGUGUAAAUGUUUCCCAUAUGGGUAAACCUGAACCUAUGCAGACCUGGAAUGCUGUAGCCCUUAUUGAUUGUCUAGUGACAUUGGAUGGUCUAGUUGCAUUCUUGCCUCGGGAUGUUGUCGUGAAAGAGCUCAUUGAAGACUGUGGUUGCCUACAUGUUAUGGUUCUUAUGCAGAAGAGUUUGGAAGUUCAGGUGCUUCAGGUUGCGGCUACUACUCUCAUGGCAGUUUGCCAUCGAAUUGGAGCAGACUUAACUGCACUGCAUGUUAUGCCACGACUUAAAGAGCUAUUUGAUGAGCUUGCUUUCUCACAAGAAACUAGUUAUGGGUCUGGUUCUUUUGGUAGAAGCUCCAAUAUUUCCCCAUCAACAAUUGAAGGGGAGGCUCAAAUUGAAAGCCGUAUGGACCUUGUGUUACUUAUGUACCCUUCUUUUGCAUCACUUCUUGGAAUAGAGAAGCUUCGCCAGUGUUGUGCAACUUGGUUACUACUUGAGCAAUUUCUUCUGCGACAUCAUCAUUGGAAGUGGGAAUAUACUGGAGAAUCAUCCCACAGUUUUGCAGAAAAUCCUAUUGCUAAAAGGCCUACUUUUAUCAAGGCUUCAACAUCUGACUUCAGUCCUGCUAAGCUGCUGCUAAAUGGAGUUGGGUGGUCUAUUCCACAAUCACAAGGAACUAGAGGUGCCAAAAACUUUGUGCCUCAAAAAGGACUUGAUGACGUUCAUCAUAGACCAGCUGAAAAACUUGAAGCAGACUCAAACCUUAUUAAACAUGAGCCAUGGUUUUGGUUCCCAAGUCCAGCAGCUAGCUGGGAUGGGCCUGAUUUCCUUGGGCGUGUGGGUGGCCUGAAAGAUGAACUUCCAUGGAAGGUUAGAGCCUCUGUUAUAUACUCGGUUCGUGCACAUCAUGGCGCAUUGAGAUCGUUAGCUGUUAGCCAGGAUGAGUGUAUGGUUUACACUGCAGGUGUUGGUCAAGGUUUUAAAGGAACUGUUAAAAAAUGGGAAAUGUCAAGGAUGAACUGUGUUUCUGGCUACUAUGGUCAUGAAGAGGUUGUGAACGACAUUUGUGUCCUGUCGUCCAGUGGAAGGAUAGCAUCAUGUGAUGGAACUAUACAUGUUUGGAAUGGCAGAACUGGGAAACUAAUAUCAAUUAUUUCUGAACCAUCUGCAAAUCCUGGACAUUUUUCAAGCUCUUUAUCUUCUGCCUCAAAUAUGAAUGCUGACCAAGCUAAUAUGCUGAAUUCGAACACACUAUCGAAUGGAAUACUGUCUAGUGCAUUUGAUGGGAGCUUGUACACUUGUAUGCAUCAUCUAGAAUCUGUUGACAAGCUAGUUGUUGGCACUGGAAAUGGCUCUCUCAGAUUUAUUGAUAUUGCUGGAGGUCAGAAGCUUCAUCUGUGGAGGGGUGAAUCCACUGAAUCUGGUUUUCCUUCUCUCCUCUCUGCUAUAUGCUCAUGCGGGUCUGACAAAAUGCCAGCAGGUGGCACUCUUCCUUCAUCAUCCUGGAUUGCAGCCGGAUUAAGUUCUGGACAAUGCAGAUUAUUUGAUUCGAGAAGCGGAAACGUAGUUGCUUCUUGGAGAGCUCACGAUGGAUAUGUGACAAAGUUGGCUGCACCAGAGGACUAUAUGCUUGUUUCCAGCUCUCUUGAUAGGACUUUACGAAUUUGGGAUUUGAGAAGGAAUUUGCCUUCGCAGCCUCUUGUUUUUAAAGGUCAUAGAGAUGGCAUAUCUGGUUUCUCUGCGUGGGGUCAAGAUGUCAUUUCGAUUUCAAGAAAUAAAAUUGGACUUUCCUCAUUGUCUAAAUCUGUUGUUGAAGACGCACAGCAUCGGAUUAUGCCUCAAAAACUUCAGAUGGCAGAGCAUGGAUCGCGGAAUUUGUCUGUGUUGUCAACCAUAAGUAUUCUACCCUUGUCGCGAUUGUUUGUUGUUGGGACAGAAGAUGGAUAUUUGAGAGUGUGUUGUUGAAGUAGUAAUUAAAGUUCAAUUAUCAGUCACUUUUCUAUUGGCCAAUGGUAGCAUUACAAAUAUUUUGGAGAAGUAGAGGCCGCUGGGAUUUCGAAGAGAGCUUUGGAGGCAAAAUGAAGUUUCAGUUCCUCUCUCAAACCCAAUGGGGAAGGAUCUAUUCCUAAUCCCAAGUGUGUGCGCAUUGGGGUAGACUCUGCUCAUGAAAUAAUAAUCUAUUGGUAUUUUUGUUUCAGUCAAUUUCAAGGAGUGUAUUUGUGUCCCAUGAGAUAAUUGAAAGCCUGUAGGCUUACUUUGGGUGUGGAUCUUUGGCCAUACUCUUCCCUUAUGUUGGGCAUUAAAGCUCCAUUUCUUUU